AGAAAAUCCUGAUUUAGGAGAGGUUGUGGGCUGCAGUCCUGUCUGAAUCCUGGGCUCCUCGUGAAUAGGAAGUAAAGGACUCUGACCUAGAAAGUGGAGGUUCUGAGCAGGGUAAAAUGGGGUCUCGGAAAUGUGGAGGCUGCCUAAGUGGUCUGCUGAUUCCGCUUGCACUUUGGAGUAUAAUUGUGAAUUUACUAUUGUAUUUCCCAAAUGGGCAAACUUCCUAUGCAUCCAGCAGCAAACUCACCAACUACGUGUGGUAUUUUGAAGGAAUCUGUUUCUCAGGUAUCAUGAUGCUCAUGGUUGCAGUAGCUCUUCUUUUCCUAGAGAGUGACAACAACUGUCAAUGCUGCCAGAGUGAAAACUGCAGCAAAAAAUACAUGACACUGCUAUCAAUUAUAUUCUCUGGCCUUGGAAUUUCUUUCUCUGGAUACUGCCUGGCUAUAUCGGCUUUGGGCCUUGUCCAAGGCCCAUACUGCCGCACCCUCAAUGGCUGGGAAUACACCUUUGAAGGCACUGCAGGACGUUUUCUUACAGAUUCCAGCAUAUGGACUCAGUGCCUUGAACCUGCACAUGUAGUGGAGUGGAACAUCAUUUUGUUUUCCAUUCUCAUAGCACUCAGUGGGCUUCAGGUGAUCAUCUGCCUCAUUAGAAUAGUCAUUCAGUUAUCCAAGAUACUAUGUGGAACCUAUUCAGUCAUCAUCCAGCCUGGAAUCAUUUGAAUAAGGACAAGAAUGCUUU